AUGGCGCCCGCUCGCGCGAGCUCGUCGCGGGCCACAGUGUCCGAGCGCCUGGUGUUGAUCCCAGCCAUCAACAAGAACAGCACGACUGGCUACAAGUGCGUGGCCUACAGCCGCCGCGAUAAGAAGUUCCAGGCGCAGGCGCAGAAUGGCGGCAAGCGUGUCUAUCUCGGCUCCUUCGACACCGCCGAAGAGGCGGCCUCCGCCUACGCUCGCUCAGAGUACGGCCGCGCCGACGCUGCCAAGCUGCUGCAGCCUCGCCCGGCUCCCACUGCCGCUGGCGCCGAGGCGAUACGGCAGGCGGAGAGGGAGGGCCUCACGCUGGCCACGAGCAGCAGCAGCAACACAGGCUACAAGGGUGUGUGCUACCGCAAGGAGACAGGCAGCAAGAAGUACCAGCUGCAGGUGGCGAGUGGCGGCAAGCAAGUCAGCCUCGGCUGGUUCGCAACCGCCGAGCAGGCGGCGCUCUUCUACGCUCGCAGGGAGGCGGGCAGGGACACCAGCGAUCUCACCGCGCCGCCGCCGCCGCCGCCACCACCCGAGCCUUCCACUGCUGCUGGCGCCGAGGCGGUCCGGCAGGCGGGGAGGGAGGGCCUGACUCUGACUACGAGCAGCAAAAGCAACAGCGGCUACAAAGGCGUGACCUUCUACCCGAAGGAGCGAGGCAGCAAGAAGUACAAGCUGCAUGUGUGGGUUGGCAGUAAGCUGCUCCACCUCGGCCUCUUUGCCACCGCCGAGCAGGCGGCGCUCUUCUACGCCCGCAGGGAGGCGGGCAGGGACAUGGCAGUGCUCUACCCGCCGCCGCCGCCACCGCCGCCGCCACCCGCGCCUUCCUCUGCCGCUGGCGCCGAGGCGAUACGGCAGGCGGAGAGGGAGGGCCUGACUCUGGCUACGAGCAACAGCAGCAACAGUGGCUACAACGGCGUGACCCUCUACCCGAAGCAGCAAGGCAGCAAGAAGUACAAGCUGUCAGUGAGGGUUGGAGGCCGGCAAGUCAGCCUAGGCUGGUACGCCGCCGCCGAGGAGGCGGCGCUGGCGCGUGCGCGGCACCUGUGGGACACCACCGUCCGCCUGCUCGAGCCGCAGCCGCAGCAAGCACCGCCGCAAGGCGCAGCAGGGCCGUCCGAGGCCAGCUACGAGGAGGAGGAGGACGGCUUCGAUCCAACGGACAUCGCCGAGGCGGUGGCUCUCUCGCUGCUUCCCGAUCCGCCUUCCGCGAGCGAGCAGAGGGCGGCGAGGUGGCAGGCGCGCGCAGCAGAGCAGGCGGCGAGGGCGGAUGCUGCGGCGACGGCGGCGGCGCAGGCGGCGGCGGAGGCUGCCCCGCCAUGGGACGACGAGGUGGAGGUGGAGGCAGAGCAGGAGAGCGAUAGCGAGGACGAGUCGGAGAUGGAGGUGGAGGCCGCCGCAGCAGCAAGGGUGGCGCCGGCUCCAGCAGCAGAGGAGCCACCUCAGUGCGCCAUUUGCUUGGACGACCUCGGCGCACACCCCGAGGCGCGUCUGCAGCCUCGCGACCCAAACGGCUGGGGCGCCACGCGCUGCUGCAAGAGCCUCUUUCACUACCAUUGCUUGCACGCUUGGCUCAGCGACAACAGCGAGGUCGAGACGAGCCGUGGCAUGGAGCCGAUCAACACGACCUGCCCUUGCUGCCGAGGCUUCGUAUCAAAGUCGGCGUCGCGCAUGCUGGCCUAG